AUUACUACUUACAAUUAGUUACUUAACCUCGUUUUUUUGAACGUAAGAAACACAAUGGCGAAAAAAUAGUAUUGUAUUUUAAUAAUAAUUUCAGUUUAAAUUGCUAAAAUGACUGACAAAGAGGAGAAAUAUGUGGGAAGUGUAUCUCAACAAGAAUGUGAAAUUGCAGAAACGGCUUUAUUAGAAUUUAACAGGGGGAAUUAUAACAACUGCUUACAAGAAAUUAAUAAACUUGAAAACAGAACAUUCGAUUUUAAGGUAUCUCAUAAUAAAAUUGUUGCAGAAUAUUAUAAAUCAGAACUAAAGAAAACUGAAGCCUUUCAGAAGAAUUUAAACUAUUUAUUGAACCAAUUUAGUAUCAGACUCGAAAAACUUGAUGAUGUUGACCACUGUGUGGCACACUUUAACUUAGCAGUAGUAUAUUUUCACAAUAACCAAUAUACACAGACACUUCGAAUUAUGGAAAGGGUUUACAAAUUUAUUGAACCAAUGGAUGAAACAUUGGCUAAACAAGUUGGGUUGUUACUUGUUGAACUGCAACUUUCUGUGAAACAAAUUGAUAAAGCAAUGACUUUGCUUGUGUAUUUAGAGAAUUAUUUCACUAACACCUCUGUAACAGAACUGAAAGGUGGGAAAAAUGUAGGAAAGGAACAAAGUGAUAAAAAAAGUACAACUCCAGUGGAAGAAUCUUUCAAGAAGAAAUUGGCCGUCUACAAGGCCAGGUGCUAUUUGAUGAAUCACAAUCUAGAGUCUUUCAAAAAGGAGGUUGCAGUUCUUCAAAAUUCAAAGAGUGCAGCAUUUUUGUUUCUCACUGCAAAUUUGGAAUAUUUACAAGGAAAUCACAAAGAAUGUAUGAAUAUCUUAGAUAUGAUCCCUAUGGAUAUCUUCAAUUAUAGUGAACAUGGUGAAUCGUCAAGAGUAAUGAAGCUCAACAAUCUUGCUGCCGUUUAUCAUUCAAUGGGUAAAUUCAAUUUGGCUGCACAUUAUUUUCACCAAGCAUUAAAGGAAGAUGCAAAAUUUUACCACAGUUCUUCAAAAGAUUCCUCUGAAAAUAGACCACUGUAUGUGCUGGGUGGUUCAAGGUAUCAUGAAAUCAUAUACAAUAUGGGAAUUUCUUUGUUACACGCGGGGAAGCCCGUGCAGGCUUUUGAGUGUCUCACUAUUGCCGUCAGACGCUAUCAUCGGAACUCCAGACUCUGGUUAAGGCUUGCUGAAUGUUGCAUUACAGCUAAUAAAGAGUCUAAUGAAGUGGAUUUCGAUAUCCAGAAAAAGCAAAAAGAAAUGGUGGUUGAAGUAAUUGGCAGCAAAUCGAACAGAAAAGUUAUUCUUACCAAAAGUCUUUCUAGUGACAAAAAAUAUAGCGUAGUAGAACCUGUAUCUUAUGCUGUACCGAUGCCCACAUUGGAAUUUGCUAUGCUGUGUCUUCGUAAUGCGUACAAUUUAUUACCAUCUGAUACUGCAGCAUCGCCAGUACCUCUCCUUCUUAUACCAGGAGUGACUCCCCCUGCUCCCCCUCUGACACCUGGUCCGGCUCCUUCAUCGUCACUUUCGCAAAGUAGCGUUGCCUCUCUAAAGAACUCUAUACUAGCUGCCAGCGCCUAUGUUGCCGUCAGUCUAGGGGAUUACGUUCUGGCAUUAGAGCAUGCGCAAAACCUACUUAGCCAACCGAAGAUUUCUGGAGUUCAUAUACUAUUGGGUCAUCUUUAUGCUGCUGAAGCAUUACUUCUUAUGGACAAGAUAACAGAAGCAUUAGAACACUUGAAUCCAGAAAAUAUUAAGGACAUAUCAUUGGAAUUCCCAGAAGAUUCUGAAGAAGAAACGAUGAAAAAUAAUCCACCAACAAGUGUGUAAAUGAAUAAUAAUAUAAUUAAUUA